AAUUAUAGGUUAUGGACUCCUGAAGUUAAAUGACUAUAUGGACUAUCCACGUAAACAAUAGGAAAUUUUAAUUUAUUUUAACCAAUUUUAAUAUGGUUUCGAAAAGAACAAAGGGAUAUCAAGAUAUUGAAGGUAACUUAAUAUCUCAGCCAAGAAAUGCACCUGUCGAUCCAGAUACAACUAUUCCUCAAGAAAUUGAAAUGGCCUCAGUGUCAGUAGUCCCAGACGAUACAUUUACAGUUACUCAGGCUGUAAAUGCUCUAGGAUUUGGAUGGUUUCAAGUUAAGUUAUCUUUAUGGACCGGUCUUUGUUGGAUGGCUGACAGUAUGGAGAUGACUAUUCUUUCAAUCUUAUCUCCCGCCUUACAUUGCAGUUGGCAUAUUACAAGAUAUCAACAAGCGCUAACUACAACUAUUGUUUUUCUGGGAAUGAUGCUUUCAUCUACAUUUUGGGGAAAUUUGAGUGAUAGAUAUGGACGUAAACAUGCACUUAGUUUAUGUGCUGUUUUAUUAUUUUAUUAUGGAUUAUUAAGUUCAAUAGCUCCUAGCUUUAUGUGGAUGUUACUAUUAAGAGGUUUAGUAGGAUUUGCUAUCGGAUGUACACCUCAAUCUGUAACAUUAUAUGCAGAGUUUUUACCAACAAAACAAAGAGCCAAAUGUGUUGUUUUGCUUGAUUGUUUCUGGGCAUUAGGUGCAUGUUUUGAAGUAGCUUUAGCACUUAUUGUUAUGCCAACUUUAGGUUGGCAGUGGUUAUUAGCAUUGUCCACUGGUCCUUUACUAGCAUUUGCUUUAAUAUGCCCUUGGCUCCCAGAAUCUGCAAGGUAUCAUGUUGCUAGUGGCCAAACAGACAAAGCCUUAGAAACUCUUGAGAAAAUUGCAAAAGAUAAUGGAAAACCUAUGUUAUUAGGAAGGUUAGUUGUUGAUGAUGCAAUGACUUCUGCUCCUCAUAGAGGGCGAUUCAGAGAUCUUCUUGUACCUUCUUUAAGACUGACCUCACUACUUUUGUGGUUCAUUUGGGCUUCAUGUGCUUUUUGUUAUUAUGGUUUAGUUUUAAUGACCACAGAAUUAUUUGAAACAUCAUCAAUAGUAUGUUCAGAACAACAAAUUCCUGCUCAAGCUAUAGAAACUUGUGCUGCAGAUUGUAAACAGCUUCAGACAACUGAUUAUAUUGAUUUGCUGUGGACCACAUUAGCUGAAUUUCCAGGUAUUUUUAUGACAAUAUUCAUCAUAGAGAGAUUUGGAAGAAAAAAAACUAUGGCUGUUCAAUUUGUCAUUUACGCUAUAUGUUGCAGUUUUCUGGUAUUGUGCCCUGGAAAGAGGGCUAUAUUGACAAUAAUGCUGUUUCUGGCUAGAGGUAUUAUAGCAGGUGUAUUCCAAGCUGCCUAUGUUUAUACUCCUGAAGUGUAUCCUACAUCAUUAAGAUCUGUAGGAGUGGGAUCAUGUAGUGCCAUGGCUAGACUAGGUGCUAUGGCUACCCCAUAUGUGGCACAGGUUCUAUUAAAAACUUCAAUAACGUUUGCAACAUCCACUUAUGCAACAGCUGCUCUUUUGGCCGCUGUUGCCUGUUUAAUACUUCCUAUUGAAACAUCAGGGAAAGAAUUGCCAGAAAAUACUGUUGAGCAAAAGCAACAAUCUAGUGUAACAAAAUGAUUUCUGUGUAGAUAUGUCACAAAAUAUUUACCUAUGCAUAAAACAAUAUCCGUCCUUCAUAUGAACUAAUUUAUUACUAAAUUAUUACCUAUUUUUGUACUUAAUGUUCUUAUUCUUAAGGAAUUUUAUUACUCUUAGUAAUUGUAAGGUUAUAAUAAAUUGUGAUCAAACAUGCUUUAGAUGUCAGAUACAUAUUUUAUACAAAUUACAUUAGAAUUUUUUUAACUCUCAAUAUCUAAAGUUGGUUUAGUCAAAAUGUAUUAUCUAAAAAGUAGAAAGACAAAUAUUUUUAUACUGUUUAUGCUUUGAGCAACUUAAUACUCAUUUUAGUAAGAUAUUAGUUACUAAUGCAAUUAAUACCAAAGUAUUUUAUAUAUUUAUUACCAUAAAUUAUUUUUUAAUAUUUAUUAAAUAUUAUUUAUGAAAUAUAAAUUAAUUUUAUAAACUCAUAUAAAAAUUAUAAACAUUU